AUGGACAGAACAAACGACCAACGCCGUACUAGUUCUCCAAACUACAAUCGACCUCGUGAUACAACACCAUAUCGUUCAAAUUCUAGUUAUUCGUCUGACAGAGAUAAUUACUCAAAUUCAAGUUCUCACUACAUAUCUUCACGAAGCUAUUCACAAAACUCGGAUUACCCGAUGAGAGAAUCCCCACAAGCACCUCCUCGCUAUGACAUGAGGGACGAAGAAUCGCAGGUAGCUUUUAGAGGUCAAGUUCCCUUUGCCGGAACUACUAGAGAUUUAAAACCCUAUGGACGACCUCCAAUGUUAACUCCACAAUCAUACGAUCGUAGACCACCUUAUCGUGGCGGCGCCCCAUACCACGUUCCAUAUUCACGCCCUGGAGUGGGUGGUCCACCACCUCACGGUCAUAGAGAUUUUGGAGGCCCUCCACCAUAUUCCAGAGGAAGUCCGCUACAUCCCCCUUAUCAGCGACCACCAUUCCAUUCGCCUUUUCAAAGGCCACAUUUACCUCCACAUCUUCCUAUAUUCCCACCAAAAAGACCAAUUCAAAAUGUUUCUAUAUUCUCUCCAUUGCACGAAAAAGAGAUAUCUCAAAGUAAACAAGAGGAUCAGCGACUUAGGGACGAAGAAUGGAAGUUGAUGGUUGAUCUUCAUAAAAGACGAGGUGAAUUAAACAAAUCGACAUGGGAAUGGACAAAAGUAUUGCAUAAUACUUCUUUGGCUUCACAACAAAUGGAGACACUCCAUACACCAGAACAAAUUGAAGCAUUGUGGAAAGCGUGUGAAGAGAACGCCACAAAGGAUGCUUUAAAGAACCACUGUUGA